CUCAGUCCGGCUAGGAUGUGCUCGAGUGUGCAACGUUCGACUGAGUAGUUGCCUACGCAUUGCGUGAUUAAGGCGUAAACUCUGCGGAUCACUUAACACAUGCUAUUCUAAAAUUAACAUAUCAUUCUAUACCUCACGUUGGGUAGUCACGAUUAUUCUGCCUCGUUUGUAUGGGUACAACAAACACUGACCGGACGCGCUGACGUUCUGUACGAUACUGUCGAAGAAAUUGUUCACUUCCCAGACACGGAUUUCGUCUCGAUGAAGGGAAGAAGUAUGAUUGGACGUUGACUAAGGAAGUACAAGACACGACAAUUUGUCCGUAACAGUUGCAAAUGAUUAAACGCAAACAUGCGUGUUGUCAAGAAAGCUCCGCAGCUUCUACCUCUGCUACUGUUAUUUCUGACAUUAAUAACCCCAACAUCUGGAGAAGAAUUUACUUUGGGGUUGCUUACUCCAUUCGCUUCCUCGACGGCGUCCACCAACUCGGAGGGAAGGUUCUACGCGCCUGCCAUCGUUCAGGCCGUGGACGACAUUAAUAACAGCUCUGAUCUUCUGCCCGGUCAUAAUGUGUCUUUCAUUUGGAAUGAUACAGCGUGCGACGAGGACCAAUCGCUGAGAGCAUUGGCUUAUCAGAUACACGAGAGGCAAGUGUCCGCCAUAAUAGGACCCGGAUGUACAUGUCAGGUGGAAGCCCGACUGGCCAGCGCAUUGGACAUCCCAAUGAUUUCAUACAUGUGCAAUGAUCCGUUUUUGGGGCUCAAGAAGGAUCUUUACGCAACAUUUUCGCGCACCAACAUCCAAGUAGAGGUGCGCAAGCUGUCCAGAGGGCUUAUUAAGUUGCUGCGUAAGUUUAACUGGACUCAAGUGGCCAUCUUGUAUGAAAAUCGCACCAGCUACAUUAGAAUGAAGGAUGGAGUUGUUGACGAGUUCAAGAAAAACGAUAUCAAAGUUCUGCUUGAGAAAACACUUCUUGAUGAGAAAUGCUACAGUCGUUUGAUCAACAACCGAACCUGUGAACAAAGCCAUGUUAAGAAUGUAAAGAUGUACAUGCAAGAUAUGUUUACAGAGCUCAAGGAAAAAUCUAGAAUUUUGCUUUACUUAAGCGAAUACGCCGUGGCUCGACAGACGCUGCUCUACGCAUUUGACAAGGGUAUGACCGACGGUGAUUACGCUUUCGUUAUGCUGCAACUUGAUCAGGAACAGUACAUACGCAACAUAAAGAGGCCUGGGCAGAUUUUCGUGCUAUUGAAUUUGCCCAGAGAGAGAUGGUGUGAUUAUAACCAAGCCUUGGAGUCGGUUAUAUUGGUAGAGAUUAACAGUACAGUGGUGCAGGAGGUUUACGAAGCAUUUGAGGAGGAAGUCAAGCAAAAAUUCGACAGGUUCUCUCCCGGCUUAUCUAACGAGUCAAGUGAGGGGCAGCUGCCUUACUUCGCCGCUUAUUUGUAUGACGCCGUUUUCCAGUAUGCCAAUGCGCUGAACAAAACCUUAAGCAGAAACGAACUUCCAACCGGACGGAACAUUGUUGACAAAAUGCUAAACACGAGUUACGAAAGCAAGUUAGGAACCCGAGUGAUUAUCGAUCUGAAUGGAACUGCCGACCUUGCAGAUCUUCGUAUCGUUGAUAUUCGCUGGGACAGCGAUGGCUCACGUACAAAUUAUUGCGAAAGUAACCCCCCCUAUGCCUCUCAAGUGGGAGAUAUCACGUUCAAUCAAGAAGACUUUCGUCUUAAUAUUGACAUAAAUAAGGUUCGGUGGCCAAAUGACAAAAGCAUUCCUGCCGACAGUCCCGAGUGUGGGUUUGACGGUCUGGGGUGUGUGACACCUUCUCCAGACGUAACUCCUACUUCCCCUGAUGACAAUUCUAAAAUUGAGGCAGUGAUAGGGGGAGUUUCUGCCUUCGCAGGCCUCAUUUGUAUCAUACUGCUCGUCAACAUUAUCAGACAAUACAUGUUAAAGAGGGAAAUGGACAGUUUAUUGUGGAAAAUUAACUACAAGGACAUACAUUGGGCGAAGACAACUUCUGGUGUUAAUUCUGUCUCAGACGAGACUGACGGAACGGAAGAUGAUAAUUCUCUAUCACUGUCUCGCAAGACGAGCACUCAGUUUACUUUUACAAACUUUGGAUUUUACAAGGAAAAUAAAGUGACAGUGAAGCAAGUUGGAAGCAAGGCGAUUGAUUUAACAAAAACUAUUUUAUUGGAACUGAAGCAGAUGCGCGACUAUCGUCAUGAAAAUCUUGUCCAGUUUUUCGGAGCCACCAUAGACCCUCCAUACAUCUGUAUUGUGUCUGCCUUCUGCCCGAGAACCCUGAAGGAUUUCCUGGCUUGUUCAGACGUUAGCCUGGAUAAAACUUUCGUCUCCUCUCUGGUAUCCGACAUUGUAAAGGGUAUGGCAUAUCUUCACAGCACAGAAAUCAAAUGUCAUGGUAACCUAAAAUCUUCCAAUUGCCUGAUAGACAGCCGAUGGACGCUAAAAAUCGCUGAUUACGGGCUCACGUGUAUGAAAUUAAAGUGUAAUCUGGGCCCAAAGAACAGCAGCGAAGACUUGCUGUGGAUGGCGCCGGAACUUCUCCGCGAGCGACAACAACGUCCCUCCAGCAGCGGGAGCCAGAAGAGAUCAGAAUGUUACUUGAAAAUGGUAAAUCUCCAGAAGUGUGAUGUGUACAGCUUUGCUAUUAUCCUACAAGAAUUUCACACCAGGAAAGGACCUUACAGCAAUAACUCGAACUUGACCACCAGAGAAAUCAUACGCAAAGUCAAGGACGCCGAGGUUCCUAUUUUCCGCCCCACCGUGUCGAAUAUCAUUGAGGAGUUGGAUGAGCUUAGAGAUCUGAUGAAAACCUGUUGGGAGGAAGACCCGGAUAGCAGACCAGACUUUCCUGAGAUCAAAAGAAGAAUAAACAGGAUUCUCGUGACUAAAGGAAUGAAAACGAACAUCUUCGAUAGUAUGAUGUAUAUGAUGGAGAAUUACGCGAACAAUCUUGAGGAUAUUGUUACUGAAAAGACGGGUCAACUGAGAGAGGCAAAGAGAGAAACCGAGGAUCUUCUUUAUAAAAUAUUGCCUAGAACAGUUGCAGAACAACUGAAAAAAGGAAAACAAGUCGAAGCAGAGAACUUUGAUGACGUUUCAAUCUAUUUUAGCGAUAUCGUUGGAUUUACAGAACUAUCUUCUGAGAGCUCGCCGAUGCAGGUUGUGACGCUUCUUAAUGAUCUUUACACACUAUGUGAUGACAUCAUCAGCGAAUAUUUCGUGUAUAAGGUGGAGACAAUUGGUGACGCUUACAUGGUGGUUUCCGGUCUGCCAAUAAAAAAUGGUCACAACCACGCGGGAGAAAUAUCCCGGAUGGCAUUGCAUUUAUUGGACGCUGUCAACACAGAUUUUGUUGUUCGUCACAAGCCAGACCACAAACUUGACCUUCGUAUAGGCAUUCACAGUGGACCUGUCGUUGCUGGUGUAGUUGGUAACACCAUGCCUCGCUACUGCCUGUUUGGUGACACGGUCAACACAGCUUCGAGAAUGGAAUCCAACGGGGAAGCCCGAAAGAUCCAUAUCAGUGACGCCACAAAGAGGAUCCUGGAAAAACUUGGAGGAUUCACAAUUGUAGAGAGGGGAGAAGUGUUUUUGAAGGGAAAGGGAAACGUCAGGACAUUCUGGUUGACUGAUUUCGUGCAAAGAAAACGACCACGACCCCUUCCUUCGCCAAAGAGGCUCUACAAUCGUCGAAUACACUUGUUCGGCAGCACCGGUGACGGCGUAGACCCACAGUCAUCCUUCAUCACACGUUCCUCGUCAUUACGAAGAUCUCUUAAAGAAGCGUCUGCGAACUCAAUUAAUAAACCUCCAGUCAAAAUUGUAAUCAACGACCCGGAAGACAACCAUAUGCAUCCGAGGAAGCAAAGCUCGCACUCUAUCACAAGCGUCUAAAGAUUCUACGUAAUCCAUAUUCCUAGUUUUCCCUAGAAGAGUUGCGUUACUAACUAUCACAUUGUGUUACGUGACUACCCGCUUGCAAAAGAACUGGAGUUGUCAAUAAUUUUCUAACUCACCAUCAACAUUCGACACGAUUCCUGGGUCGAUCUACUUUAGGCGCCGAGAGAAAUAAUCCAACCGGUUUGGAGUAUGCGACUAAAACUCCCCGUAUGUGGAGGUUGAAGAUGCUUUGCAGAUCAGUUUACGAUGACCUGUCAUUCAACAGACUCUGUACCAGCCCUGAUAUCCGCUAGAGAUAAAACGUUUAGAUUUUAGUUUUGUAGUUUUGGCUGGCGUGCCAUUCCUUUGCUCUCACUAAUCUUGCGUGGAUUUUCAGCCAUCCGGCAGCCAUACAGGUUUCAUUCCUUCGAUGGAUAUAGGAUUAAUACAUGAAUGCUGUCCUUUAGUGAGUGCACUGGCAACGAAGAUGUAUCUCCAGAACAUUUUAGUGAAUUGGACACCAACAGUUUCAAAAGAUCUUUGUUGAAAAAAAUUGUUCAUCUCUAACUGAAGCUCUUCAAAAAGAGUUUUCUCUUUAUUGCCUUUAGACAUUUAUAUACUUCCUUGAUUCAACUUCUUUCUUUUAUUUAUCAUUAUCAUUAUUAUUAUUGUUAUUAUUAUUAUUAUCUUUUAACGCCUUGACGACGAAAGGGUGCUGUAAAUUUUAAUCGGAAAAUGCAGCACUAUUGAAUUAUAUACAGUUUGUGCAGCUUUAAUAAAAUUAAAGCAGAAUCUCUAUUUGUUCUCUUCGGGAGCUGAGAAGAAAAUAUAAAUUACUAUCUUCCAUUUCUAAAACAUUGCUUUCUCCUUCACACCCGUUGUAAAUAUGUAAAAAUAAUCUAACAUGUAUAACUUUUUUUGCUAUUAGUGUCUCCGUCAAUGAGGAAUCCAUGUUUUUUUAAUAUAUAGCAAUACAUACAUCCGUGGAGGUACUGGUCUUCUAAAGGUAGAGUAAGGAUUAAAUUGAACAAAAAUUAAGGAACCAAAUUAAAUUAAAUUAAUUCGGAUCGACUGAGCGUCUGGUGAUAUUUAGCAGCGAUAUUUUCAUGCCUCAAAUGGUUCGCUAACUCGUGAGUUCCCCACUGUGGGUCCUCUCAUGGAAUCGGGUACACUUGCCCUUUACGUUCCUUAAUACGAUUUCCUUUAUUCCUUCACAACUAAACGUUUUGUUGCCUUUUGCA